UUGGGUAUUGGUGGGAGGGGCAGGUUUGCGCGUUGCGGAAAGAUGGCGACGGCCGGCCUCGCUGAGAUCCCGGAUGUGGACAUCGAUUCCGAUGGUGUCUUCAAGUACGUGCUGAUCCGAGUACAUUCUGCGCGGGACGCCAGCCUCGAUGGCCAGGACUGUCCAAGCAAGGAGAUCGUGCGCGGCUAUAAGUGGGCCGAAUACCACUCUGAUAUCUAUGACAAAGUUUCAGGAGAAAUCCAGAAGAAGGGCUUUGACUGUGAAUGUCUGGGUGGUGGCAGAAUUUCCCACCAGAGCCAAGACAAGAAGAUUCACGUGUAUGGCUACUCCAUGGGUUUUGGACGUGCUCAACACUCUAUCUCAACAGAAAAAAUCAAAGCUCACUACCCCACCUAUGAAGUCACCUGGGCUGACGAUGGUUACUGAUGAGGCCCUGGUUCCUUCCUCCUGGCUUGCCUAUCUGUUGAAGCUGCCUCUGUAGGCUGUCAGAUGUCUUUGAACUCUUGUCUCCACCUUUUUGUUGUGUUCUGUUAAGAGGGCAUGUUGGUGAUACUCUGCUGUUACCCUCCUGUUGUGCCUUCCAUUGCUGUGGUGCCUGGCUGGGCCUCAAGGGGUAUUCAGGCAUCCAGUUGGAAUUAAAAGUGGCAGCACCAGUGCUGAA